AUGGGGUGUUGGAUUUUGAAUGAGAGUCUGUCCGUCAUGUUCGUACUCUCAUGGUUGGGAGUUAAUUUCUAUCUGUUUAUCGACACAUUCUGUUGGUAUGAAGAGGAAGAGUCUUUCUUUUAUACACGAGUUAUUCUGGGUUCAGCCCUGGCUUGGGCAAGAGCAUCUGCGGUCUGCCUGAAUUUCAACUGCAUGUUAAUUCUAAUACCAGUCAGUCGAAACCUUAUUUCAUUCAUUAGAGGAUCAACUAUCUGCUGCAGAGGACCAUGGAGAAGGCAAUUAGACAAAAACCUCAAAUUCCACAAACUGGUUGCCUAUGGAAUAGCUGUUAACGCAACCAUCCACAUUGUGGCGCAUUUGUGCAACCUGGAGCGCUACCACCUGAGCCGAUCAGCGGAAACGGAGGGACUUCGGGCUGCCCUUUCCCAACUCGGCGAUGCCCCAAAUGAGAGCUACCUCAACCCCAUCCGGGCCUUCCACGCAAACCCAACUACUGAGUUGUUAACGACAAUCGCAGGCAUUACUGGACUGGUGAUUUCUCUGGCUUUAAUCUUGAUCGUGACCUCUUCCACCGAGUUCAUUAGACAGACCUCCUAUGAGUUGUUCUGGUACACACACCACAUUUUCAUCAUCUUCUUUAUCAGUCUGGCUAUCCACGGGGCAGGGCGGAUGGUUCGAGGCCAAACUCCUGAGAGCCUCUUGCUACACAACAUCACCUUCUGUAGAGACCACUAUGCAGAAUGGAAGGCAGCUGCCCAGUGCCCCGUGCCUCAAUUUUCUGGCAAGGAGCCUUCGGCUUGGAAAUGGGUUUUAGGCCCUGUGGUCUUGUAUGCAUGUGAAAGGGUGAUUAGGUUCUGGCGAUUUCAACAAGAAGUCGUCAUUACCAAGGUGGUCAGCCACCCGUCCGGGGUCCUAGAGCUUCACAUGAAGAAGCGCAGCUUCGCCAUGGCGCCAGGUCAGUACGUCCUGAUCCAGUGCCCGGCCAUCUCCUCGCUGCAGUGGCACCCGUUCACCCUGACCUCCGCGCCCGAGGAGGACUUCUUCAGCGUGCACGUCCGGGCGGCGGGAGACUGGACGCGGGCUUUGUGUGAGGCCUUUGGCGCCGACGGACAGGCCCCCGAGGAGUCCCGGAGCCGGCCAAGGCUGGCAGUGGACGGGCCAUUUGGAGCCACGCUGAUGGAUGUGUUUCACUAUCCAGUGAGCAUGUGCAUCGCUGCAGGAAUCGGGGUCACCCCCUUCGCCGCUCUUCUGAAAUCUAUAUGGUACAAAUGUUGUGAGUCACAAACCCAGCCGAAGCUGAACAAGGUGUAUUUCUACUGGAUUUGCCGAGAUCCCAGUGCUUUUGAGUGGUUUGCUGAUCUCUUACUCUCGCUGGAAACACGCAUGAGUGAGCAAGGGAAAACGCACCUUCUGAGUUAUCAUAUAUUUCUUACUGGCUGGGAUGAAAAUCAGGCUAUUCACAUCGCUUUACACUGGGAUGAAAAUACUGAUGUGAUCACGGGAUUAAAGCAGAAAACCUUCUAUGGGAGACCGAACUGGAACAAUGAGUUCCGGCAGAUCGCCUACAAUCACCCCAGCAGCAGCAUUGGCGUGUUCUUCUGCGGACCCAAAGCUCUCUCGAAGACGCUCCGAAGGAUGUGCCGCUUACAUUCAUCAGCCGAUCCGAGAGGGGUCCAUUUCUAUUACAACAAAGAAAGCUUCUAGACUUUGGGAUGAAAUCUACAUACUGUGU